AGAAACCACACCCACCCUCCCUUCCCCACCAACGCGCCUCUUACACACCGCGGUGCCCCCGGUGCAGCUCCACCGCACGCGGAGUCUCUUUGCUUUCCCCUACACCGCACGUUUCUUCUCUCACCAAACGAAUCCUCCGCUGGCGCCGACCGUCACAGGCAUGCCCGCCAAGCGCAAGACCCCCACAGCUGCGUCUGGCGCACACGCCGGCAACGGCAAUGGACGCCCCACCACACCCGCCGGCGCGCACCCGCAGAUGGACAUCGGCUUUCUGCCUCCAGGAGCGAAGUACCCUGCCGGUGCCGUGCCCGCCUAUGCCGGCCCCAACGCGAACCGCCAACCGAAUCAGAGCAGCAAGAACAAUCGCAAGGAGGACUUCGACUACCGGUUUGAGCAGCACAUCUUCGUGCCGCGGCGGCUACGUCGCGUGCCGACAGCGCUCGUCGAGGCGGUCAACGACUUCCACUUUGCCAUGAUGAACGACACGCCGCGCAACGAGUUUUAUUACAACCUGCUGAAGCGGCACAUUGUCCCCGGGGAGUCCGGUGUGCUGGAGAUCGGCGCCGGCUCGGGGCUGCUGUCGAUGAUGGCGGCGAAGCUGGACGCGAAGUGGGUGGUGGCGGUGGAGGGGUCGCCCGAGAUGGCGGCGCUGGCGCGGUCGAACAUCGCGACAAACGGGUUGCAGGAGAAGGUGAAGGUGCUGAACAUGCUGAGCACCGAGCUGACCCCGCGGGAUCUGCCGGAGCCGCCGAGCAUCCUCGUGUCGGAAAUCUUUGGCACGCUGCUGCUGGGCGAGAGCGCGUUGGACUACAUCGCCGACGCCCGCCAGCGGCUGCUGCGCCCGACGACGAAGAUCCUGCCGCAGCACGCCGUGCAGUACGCCGUGCCGAUCCAGUGCGAAGCGCUCCAGCAGAUUUGCACCGUCUCCAGCUGGAACGGCAUCGACCUGUCACACGUGAUGGCGCUGCAGGACACAACCAGCGUCGUCUUCACGAAGCAGUACGGCUUUCGCAUGAGCUCCGUCCCCUUCACGCGCCUGUCGGAGCCGAUCCCGCUGCUGACGGUCGACUUCGCCGCGACGAAGCGCAGCAACUUCAAGAAGUCGUACCCGAUCGAGGUGACGGCGACGGCGAGCGGCACGGCGCACGCCUGGCUCCUCUACUGGAUCGCGACCGACGGUGAGGAGAGGAUGUCGACCGACCCGGCGGAAACGAUGCACAACUUCGCGCGCGACAUGCAGUGGGGCCAGGCUCUGCAGCUGAUUGACGAGGGCAGCGACGCACGUAUGCCGACCCCGCUCGUGAUGAGCGCCGGCGCGACGUACAACUUUAACUGCGCCCUCUCCAGCGACCGCGUGGUGAUGAGUCUGCAUUACACGCCUCCGCAGGCGGUGCGGGCACUGGAGAACGAGGCGGACAAGAGGCAAGAGCAAUAA